ACUGCUCCACCUCCAGACUGGCCUGUGGUUACCGCGUCUCCGGUCGGCAUCGGACGGCUCUGUAAACAGUAUUUAGCGUCAAUUACGGAAAAGGAAGAGGAGGAGAAGGAGGAGAUGAAGAGGGAGGAGGAGGAGGGGGAGGAGGGGGAGGAGAGGGAGGCGGGAGGAUCCCGGUUGAGGGUCACAUUCUCAAAGAGGCCGGCUGCUUCUGAUUUCGGCAGCAAAGGGGUGUGGAGUGACGAAGGGAUAGGAAAGAUCAAGAGGCCAGUGGACCGGACAAAGGGGACUACUUCCAGAACCGGGUCUCCAACCCCAGCUUCCGAGCCCCUGGCCCGACUGCCACUAUUGGAUCGGUUUUGUCUCGAACGAGGCGGAGCCACCUUCGCAUUGGCCGGCAACAGUGUCAGCUCAACGUGUUUUGGGAAAAAGAAGAUGGUGCUGCUGACGGUGCAAGAGAAUCUCAUCACAGAUCGCGCUUUUCGGCUUGUUGGCGGCUAA